GUUUCUGUUACGCAUAGAAUCCCAAAAUAGUGACCCUACACUCCACAAGUUUUUGUUUGAGCAUGCGUCAUUUCCGUUCCAAGUUUUUGCUCAAUAUGGCGAUACUUUGGGAACUGUAAAAGCAGUUCAUACAAACUAGCCGAGGAUCUGAUUAACUUCGCUAUGCUGUUAUGAGUUAUCAUGCGCGGGAGAUAUGUAACCCUUACUAAAGAUGCGAAAUUCCGUUUUAUAAUCAAACAAGUGCUGGGGCGAUACGGAACUUAACUGGAUGUUAGAAUGUUGCUAUGAUAAUGUCUUGCGCAACAAAAUGAUGUCUUCACGUUUUGGACAGAUAAUGGGUUCAGAUGUAACCUUACUGAAUGAUUACAAACGUGAAUUUUUUUGGAAGCGUUUUCCACAGACUGUCCUUGGAGGACUGCAUUUCAAGCUUGGAUACUGUGCUCCACCAUAUAUUUAUUCUAACCAGAUUACUCUCUUCCUUAUGCCAUGGAUUUUUGGUGGCAUAGGGACAGUGUUAUAUCAACUACAUGUGUUAGAAGACUAUUACACUGCUGUAUUGUCAGGAUGCUUGAUGCUAAUAGCCUCUUCUAUUGUCCAGAUGGUGAGUAAGUGCGCCAGACCAAUGGUGAAUAAGAGUGCCAGACUAAAAGCAGUGACUGUAGAGAGAAAUCAGAGUAUCUUAAUGGAUGAGGAUGAAUUCAUAUUUGCAGGCUGUGCUGAUCCAGAGACAAUAACAUUUAUCAUUCCUGGCAAAAUGUUCAUAGUAAACUUUGUUUUUCAUUCCAUCCUUGCUGGAGCAGUGUGUGGACUUGGAACAUGGUAUCUGCUCCCCGACCGGCUUACUUCUUUGUAUGAUAAUAUUGGAGGAACUGUGAUUGUCUUUGUGUUUGGAUGGAUAACAGUAUGCAUUGGUGAAUAUUCAUUAAUUAUUAAGACUCCUACAGAAAGUGCUACCUUUCAAGCACAGGAUAAAUAUGAAAUGAUUGCUCUUACCAGGCCUCUAUAUAUAUUUGCUUUCAUUGCAGUGGAUCUUACUGACAGGUUUGCUGCUAACAUACCUGAUUUAACACAGACAAACCAGGUUUUGCACGUGAUAUUCCUGUUUUUACCACUGUUGUGGGCUAUUGGGAUUCUACCACCACUGGAUGCAUUCCUUCUGUGGGGGAUGGAACAGUUCUUGCAGUUUUGCCUUGGAGGUUCUCCACUGUCUACAUACCGAAGGUUGUUCAUACUGUUUUUUACUUCUCUUGGAGCAUCUGUGGCAACAUAUUUUAUUCCUAGUGUUAUAGGUGCUGUUCUCUUCAUGACCGGGAUGGGAUUUAUUUUGAGUCUUGACUUCAGUCAGGUGACAUCAUUCCUUAAGUCUUGGAAAAAUCGAAAGCCUUCCAAAUACACAAACUUUCCCACAAGUCUUGGAUGGCAACUUGGCUGGAAAGAGAGUCUGAUUUAUUUAAUUAUCCUUUCCGUGGCUCUUGCAGAAGCUGGUUUAUUGCACAGCUUUGUUGCUUCAUCAACCUCACAAACUAUUGUGUCCUACAUUCUUAUAUCACUCUUAAUAAUUACAUGGACAUUAAAAGAAAUUCAGUGUGUUUAUAUUAUUUGUGGUCUCCUUCGAAACCCAUUAUUCCCAAAGAAAACUAGGACUGUUGAUGUUUUUAAAGAGAAGCAAAGAAGACUUGUAAAGGCUGGUGUUGUCAGGAGGAUACUACUUAAUGUAGUUUCUCCGUUUGCUAUGAUAGCAUUCCUUUCAGUGGAUAUUUCGUUAGACAACCUUCAAACAGCUUCUCUUUGCAUUGGAUUCUCAAGAGCUUACAGAUGCCUUUGGCAGAAUACAGAAGCUGCAUUGCUACAGAUGGUGAUCAUAUCUAUAGUACGACUGGCAACAAAAAACACAGAUUUGAUGUGGUGGGAUAGCCUUGGUACAGGGCUUCAGCUGUUACUGGUCAGUCUCAUUCAGGAUCGAUUAUUUCAGCUGAUUUCCAAAAUGAAGUUUGCAUUGACUUUGCUUAUAACAUCAUGGACUGAAAAAAAGCAGAGACGAAAAUCCACUGCCACACUUAUAACACUGAAUAUUUUAUUAUUCCCGCUGGUAGUGGUUAUCAUAAUAAUUUCUACAGCACUUUCAGCACCCUUGCUGCCACUCUUCACACUUCCUAUAUUCUUGGUUGGAUUUCCACGGCCAGUUCGAUUCUGGCCAGGAGCAGUGGGUAGAGCUGCAUGCACCUGUCCUGAGUCUGUGUAUUACCAACAAAUGAUUCCUAGCUUACUUGCUUCAUUGCAGACUGCAUUUGCAAUGGGCAGUCUAGGCAUUCCUUCUCCUGGGUCUCAUUUUCUGUGUCGCUUUCAAGACCGAUUAAUAUGGGUUUUGGUCUUGGAAAGAGGUUACACAUACAUUUCCCUUAACAUUAAGGGACUCGAAUUACAGGAGACAUCAUGUCAUGCUGCAGAAGCCCAUAGAGUGGAUGAAGUUUUUGAAAUGGCUUUUGAACAUGUUGAGCAUACAAGAUGUUGUUACAUAAAUCCCUAUAUUGGAAAUGUAUUAAUACCUUGCACUAUGGUCCCUGUGAAGAUCUACUCUGAUGCCAGAAACAUUUUGAGUGGGAUUAUUGAUUCACAUGAAAACCUGAAACAAUUUAAAGAAGAUUUCAUUAAGGUAUUCCUUUGGAUUCUCAUGCACUUUUGUUAUAAGCGAUCGCAGCCAAGUGAUAACUCUAAAGAUAGUUUAGGGCAUGUUAGAGCAGAUGUUGAACUUUUGCCUGAGAUUCCUGAACAGGAGGAAAGCAGCACCAUUGUUGCAAGAACUCUAAAAGAUCCUCCGGAGGUGUAUGAUGACUGGUCUGAUGAUGAUGAUUCAUUUGACUUCAGUGCCACAGAAAAAAAGGCUGGAAUAAACCGAACUGGACAGCAGACAGGUGUAAUAAACAGUUCGGCCUCUAUUCCAGGAUCAAUAGAAACCCAAAGCUUACAAAGCUAUCCAGAAGAGAAUCAUUCUACAGAAGGUUUCUAUAAAGUAUUUGGAUAUGGACUUCCAGCUGUUGAUAAAGGAAAAGAAAAUGAUCAUUUACAUAGUAGAAAUAUUCCCAUGGUUAGAUUCAGCUCUUCUUAUUCAAAUAUGUUGGAUAUUCCAGAGGAAUGGAGAUCAGAGCCAGUCUUUCAUCUCAGGUCAUAUAAUCUGGCCAAAUCUUUUCCAGAAGACUGGUAUCUGUUCAUUUUAAAUCAGUUCGACAUGAUUAAAUCUGAAGGAAAGUUUUCAAAAAUACUUGAAGAACUGUCUAAAGAUAAAGCUUUACUGGAUACAUAUUCCAGUUUGGUGCAACAUUGUUAUUUUGUUCUGUUUGGAACAGGCAGUACAGCUCUAAGUCCUAACUACAUCUUCAGAAUGUAUUCCAGAGGCAUCCCAUGGUCUGUAAAUCAAGACUGGUUAACAGAAAAGCCGGAACUUUUCCAUCUAGCUUGGAAAGCAUUUAGGUAUACUGUUAAGUUAAUGGUUGAUAAAGCAAGUUUUGGCCCAGUUGAAGAUUAUGGAGAACUGGCUAGCUAUCUAGAAGAGUAUGAGAAUGAUUGGUACAUUGGUUUGGUGUCGGAAUCCGGUUGGCAAGAAGCAGUUUUAGAAGAAAAACCAUACCUCUUUUCCCUGGGACAUGAUGCUGCUCUGGGCACAUACACUGGACGAGUGCUCACUCUUCAGGAACUGUUGGUGCAAAUUGGGAAGUUGAAUGCUGAUGCAGUGCGGGGUCAGUGGUCUAAUCUCUCUUGGGAGCUCCUUUAUGCUACAAAUGAUGAUGAAGAACGAUAUAGUAUACAAGCACAUCCUACAUUGCUGAGAAAUCUCACUGUGCAGUCAGCAGACCCACCUCUUGGAUAUCCAAUUUAUUCUUCCAGUCCUUUUCAUGUACCUUUUUUCUGAAAAAUUUUGGAUGCAACUUUUGUUUCACCAUUGUCAUUCAUAGGGUAUAAGCAUGGAGGGCUGGAUUCAGAGAUACCCUCUGUAUGCUCUACCAAAACUGACAGAGGAUUUCCCUUCCAAAACAUUGGCAUGCUUACAGUUCAGAAACAGAAUCUCACAUCUGUCACUCCGAGUUCUGUACUCUAUACUGGGCAGUGAAUGGUGUAUUGAACAGAAGCUAUUAUGCUGUUUAAUGAAACCGUAAAAUGAGCACUCCUUCAUAACCACAGAGUACUUAUUUAGGAUAAAGAAGUCUGAGAAUGAGACCUCCUCUUAUUUUUUUUUUUUUAUUUUAUUUCUUUGAUAUUUUUCCAGGGAAGUCUGAAUGGGCAUAUAACCUAUUUUUAGCGGAGGCCAGGGAGGAAAAUGCCCCAGUAAUAGACAUUUAAUAUAUGUACAGUAAUACACGACUUGUAAAGCAAGUGUGAUGACAGAAGAGACAACAGUGCAAUAUUUAUAUAAUACAAAUGAGGUGAGAGAAAUAAAACAGGUGUACAAUA